AUGCCUUCUUUCGUGGGCUGUAUGGCCAGGAGGCUGUUUAGUUGUGGUAGAGUUAGUCGGAAGAAUGUCUUGGAAGAAUUGAGGCAGAGAGGGCUGGUUUCUCAGGUGUCACAACCGGAGAGUUUGUUGUAUGAGAAGUUGGCAACGGGCCAGAAGUUGAGACUAUAUUGUGGUGCAGAUCCAACUGCUAAGUCUCUGCAUUUGGGAAAUAUGGUUCCAUUAAUGAUUUUACUAAACUUUUACGUCAGAGGCCAUGAUGUAGUAGCACUAGUGGGAGGAGCUACUGGGAGAGUUGGUGAUCCAAGUGGGAGGAAAACUGAACGUGAUUCGAUGGAGGAAGAUGCGAGGUUGAACAACAUUAAACAUAUACAGUUACAGUUUGAAAGAUUUUUUCGCAAUGGGUUGGAGUAUUACCAGGCAAAACAAGAGUCCAGUACACAACCCGGUCAGUUCAUUCCACAAGACAACUACGAGUGGUGGAAAGAUGUGAAAAUGUUGGAUUUUCUGUCAAAGUACGGCAGACAUAUCAGAAUUCAAUCAAUGCUCUCUCGAGAUUCGGUUUCUGCGAGACUGGGCUCCUCCGAGGGACUUGGCUUCAAUGAAUUCACCUACCAAAUUUUGCAGGCCUAUGAUUUCUAUCACCUUUACAAAGAAAAGAACGUGACUGUUCAAAUUGGCGGUAAUGAUCAGUGGGGGAAUAUCACAGCAGGUAUUGACCUUAUCGGGCGACUUGAUCCUCUCGCCAGCAAAACGCCAGCAUUCGGUUUAACCGCACCAUUACUCACCACAUCAACCGGUGAGAAAUUCGGAAAGAGUGCAGGGAAUGCAGUCUUCAUCGAUCCAGAGAUAAACUCCUAUUUCGACAUCUACCAGUUUUUCUACAACACUGCAGAUGCAGACGUUCGCGGUUUCUUGAAGAUCUUUACUCUACUGCCAGUCGAAACGAUAGAAGAAGCUGUCAAGAGACAUCUACAGCAGCCGCAUCUUCGUGAGGCUCAAAAGCUUUUAGCCAAAGAGGUAACUGAUCUCUUGCAUGGGCCAGGAACCGGUCGUGAUGCUCAAACGCUCUCGGAUAUAAUAUUUGGCGUUUCUGAAGGUAAUGAAUUCCUGUCAUCCAUAGAGCUGAUUAAAAUCUUUGAAAGGGCUAGAAUGUUGCAACAUGCUAGUAAGUCCGAGAGUCUUGUCAGUCUUAUCUCUCGUCUAAACAAAUCCUCUAAAUCUGCAGCCGCAAGAAUGUUAAAGCAGGGCAGUAUUUAUUUGGGCCCCGCAAGAACCAAAGCUACCGAAGAUACGUCGGAUUGGGCACCUCAUCUAAUUGAUGACAACGUACUGAUACUCAGAAUUGGCAAGCAAAAGUGUUACCUAAUUCAAAUGGACUAA